AUGGCGAAUCACAAGGGAGGAAGUAGUAAAGGCGGUGGUCGCUACAACCCCGCCAGCGAGCGAGCGCAUUCGCAUCGCAGUGGUGAUGGAGGAGGUCGAGGUGGAGGUGGCCGUGGCCGAGGACGGGGUCCCACGCAUAGCGGUGCUUCUGAGGCGCCUGAGAGAGGCGGAAACAGAGGUGGCCGUGGACGAGGUGCUGUUCGUCGCGGUGGUUCUGGAGCGCCUUGGAGAGGCGGAGGUGGGAGUAGACGUGGGACUGGUGUCGGGAGAGGUGAACCUGGAAAUGAAGCUGCUCACCACGGUGGUUCUGAGGCCUAUGGGAAUGGACACGGGAGAGGUAAUGCUCACAUUCCUCCACCCGUCCACCCCGGUCAGGGAAAUGGAAACUGGAAUUGGCAAGGGCCCCCACAGGUACCGAUGAGUUAUCCUGGGCCUGGGUUUCCGCCAUAUGGAGUCCCUCCGGGAAUAGGAUACCCCCCGGCCCCAAUGGGACCGAUGCCAAUGGGCUUUGGCGGUAUCAAUUACCCGCCUGGUGUCCCGUUUGGAUAUUUUCCACCGCCGCCGCCGAACUGGAUGCCUGGGCCACCGAUACAGCCUCCAGGUUAUGGCUUUCCCCAACAACCACCGGGGUUUCAUCCGCCUCCAGCGGGGGCAUAUCAGAUGCAGGAUCAGGGGAUGAAUGGCCAAGGAGGCUAUCAAGACGACGAUCGGGGCUACAGCCAACCCCUGGAUCGUCGUCGGAGGCGAGGACGAAGGAACAGGGGAAGACGAAGCAGGCCAAGAAGGGAGGCCGAGGAGGAGGGUGUCGGUAUGGUUGAGGAACCUCGGGUCAAAGCUGAGGAAGAGGACUCUGAGGAUUGGGAUGAGGAUUCCGAUGAGUUUGAGGAGCCUCCAAUCAAGACUGAGGAGGAGGAGUCCGAGUAUUGGGAUGAGGUUGAGGAACCUGCGAUCAAGACUGAAGAGGGGAGUGAGAACUGUUUCGAGGAAGCCGACGCGUUUUUGGACCGACUGGCCCACCGUCUAUCUCAGGGUGGUACGGAUUCGCAGGCUAUUCAAGACCGGGAAGCCCAAGGCUGA